AUGAUAAUCGGCAAGUUUGGGCUCCGUCCUGAUCUCUCUCUCUCUCUCUCUCUCUCUCUCUCCCUCGUUACCUUUCUUAGCGGUGCUUUUUCCGAAGUGGUGAUGGCCAAGGAGAAGACCAGCGGAAAAAUGUUCGCCAUCAAAUGCAUCCCGAAGAAGGCACUGAAGGGCAAGGAGAGCAGCAUUGAGAAUGAGAUCGCCGUUCUCAGGAGGAUCAAGCAUGAAAACAUCGUGGCUCUGGAAGACAUCUAUGAAAGCCCAAACCACUUAUAUCUAGUGAUGCAACUGGUAUCGGGGGGUGAACUGUUCGACCGCAUCGUGGAGAAGGGAUUCUACACGGAAAAAGACGCCAGCACGCUGAUCCGGCAAGUCUUGAACGCCGUCCAGUAUCUCCACAAAAUGUGUAUUGUUCACCGGGACUUGAAGCCAGAAAACCUCUUGUACUUCAGCCCGGAUGAAGAGUCUAAAAUAAUGAUCAGCGACUUUGGUUUGUCCAAGAUGGAGGGUUCGGGUGAUGUCAUGUCCACCGCCUGUGGUACCCCCGGCUAUGUUGCUCCAGAGGUCCUUGCCCAGAAACCCUACAGCAAGGCAGUCGAUUGCUGGUCUAUCGGAGUCAUUGCUUAUAUUCUGUUGUGUGGCUAUCCGCCAUUCUACGAUGAAAACGACUCCAGACUCUUUGAGCAGAUACUGAGGGCAGAAUACGAGUUUGACUGUCCGUACUGGGACGACAUCUCUGAAUCUGCGAAAGAUUUCAUCAAACGCUUAAUGGAGAAAGACCCCAACAAACGCUACACGUGUGAACAAGCAUUGAGACAUCCGUGGAUCGCGGGAGACACGGCGCUGAACAAGAACAUCCAUGAAUCAGUCAGCGCGCAGAUCAGGAAGAACUUUGCCAAGAGCAAGUGGAGGCAAGCGUUCAACGCCACCGCUGUGAUCCGCCACAUGAGGAGACUACACCUGGGCAGCAGUCAGGACGGGUCGAGUGGCCACGCACACGCCAACCGCAAUCCUGCCACCCCGCUGCCCGGCACCGCGGCCCGCAAAGAUUGUGUCCCUCCCACCACCGUCUGCAGUAACGCAUCCACUGCGCCCACUCCAACUGUUCUGUCGGACCAGCGGCCGAGAGCGACCUCAGUGACCACAGUCCUCGCCGCGAGCAAAUGACGAGCGGCCUUUAACGUAAAUCAGUAAUGGGGAACAACUUCACUGUGAUGCAUCCCACAAUCCAAGCGACUUCACCCUGCAUGUGCACUGAGUUCUCGUGGGAACCCAGGGUGGAUUUAUAAAGGCCAUAUUUUAUACUGUUUAACUCUUAUAUAAUACGUGUUCCAUAAACUGCAUUGAAUCAUGUGCUGAUGGAUUUAAUGGUAUCUGGUGCUGUGCAUAUCACCCCGCGAUGUUUCCUUCGCCAUAUCUCACGUCUACGGUUCGUGUCGUUCCUUAGCCAUCGUUUUUUUCUCAGAAGCACCAGCCUUUGCCCUGGACGUCCAUUCUCCAAGGAGCAAGACAUUAGCAGAGCAACGCAAGCCAUCGUUUAUCUCUCCUUCAAUUCCUCCCGUUCCUCCUGGAACUCCGAGGAAAACCCUAACGGCCCUGUCCCACUGUACGAGUUCAUCCCAAGAGCUCUCCCGUGUUUUAAACAAAUCAAACUCGUGGUAAGCACGGAGAAUGAACGUAGCGGGUGCGUCGGAGCUCAGGGACGACUCUUAGCGCUAACGGCAGGUACUCAGGAAGACUCGCUAACGGCAGGUAAGCACGGGAAGACUGGUGAAGAUUUUUCAACAUGAUGAAAAAUGUCCACGAGAGCCCCGAGUACCGACGAGCGGCCAUCACCGUAAAUCUCCGAGUUCGAAUCAGGGCAAACUCAGGAGAGCUCUUGGAAUGAACUCGUACAGUGGGACAGGGGUUUUACACUUGUAAACCUCGUGAAACAAGUUCACAGGUUCUGGGA